AUGGAGAACCCUGUUUUUGAUGAUCCUAGUAAUGAAGCCAAAUAUUGGCGGCAAAAGGCUGAAGAGUACCGUAGCGGCAUGAAAGAAGCACGAGAGGAGCUGGAAGACUUCCAGAUUAGUUCACGAGAACUAGAACUAGAGCUUGAAACUCAAUUGGCACAAUUAGAAAAGCGCAAUUCAGAGCUAGUCGUAUUGUGCGAAAAGCUAACUGUUGAAAAAGAUGCCUACCGUCAUAAGGCGGAAAAUAGUCAAGAAUAUGUUAACCACGAAAUAAUUAGACUUCAAGAUGAACUAGAGAAGUCGAAGUUAGAUCGAGAGAAAAUGCACAAAUAUAUCCGUGAACUAGAACAGUUAAAUGACGAUUUAGAACGUUCUAAAAGAGCGACAGUUGUUACAUUAGAAGAUUUUGAAUCCCGCCUGAACCAGGCUAUUGAGAGAAAUGCAUUUUUGGAGAACGAAUUGGACGAAAAGGAGGAUCUAAUGGUAACUGUCCAGCGACUUAAAGAUGAAACUAGAGACCUCCAUCAAGAGUUGGCUAUAACUCGCCGUCAACCUGAAUUGGGCACUCCACCAGAAGUAUGUAAUGGAGGCAAUACCAUUCUUACCAAAAGUUUUAAUAAAAUCGAUACAAUAGAUUCCAUGGUACAAACAGAAAACAGUUGCUUUUUCAAUUCAAUACUUACUCCGUCUGUCAGAUUAUCUGCUUUAAAUAUGGUGAAUAAUGCUUUACAAAGAAUAGGACAAUUAGAAAUGAAAUUAUCUAUAUUGUAUAAGACGUACGGUCAUCCUCCACUUCCUGCGCCAGUAUAUAAUGGUAAUAGUAGCAGUAAUAACGGUAAUAUACACUCUCCACCAACUGAUUUCGAAUUGAAAAGAUACAAUUUAAAGUCACCACAAAGAUUAUCUAAUCCAAGUUGGACAAAUGGUCCUAUUAAAUUAGAUCCUCUUCCAACUGCAGAAAAAUCAUCUCGGGAAAAUUCUAUACACUUUGUUCAUUGA